AUGUCGAAUAUCUUAUCCGUGUUCAAUCCGCCGCCACCCAGAGAAUUACCAGGGAAGCCAUGUUUGUCAUGCACAGCAGUCCAGUCAUUGGUAUGUAUUGGAGGAGGUACUUAUCUCAGCUCAACUCUUCCUUUCAAAGACUCCAAGACUGGACGCAUAGAUUUUAAUAAGAAUCCCGUGUGGUGGCAGAAGUCCAUUAGAGGUCUUGGUAUCUUGUUAGUCGGUUUAGGGGCCUAUAGGGCUGGUGAGAUUGCCCAAACAUACUUGAGAGAUAGAUUUGAGUAG